GCCACUGUAGUCUGUUGUUUUCCUGCUCAGACGCGGCUAGUUCAAGUUGCCAUAGCACGGAGGAGUAGAGGGUUGCUCUCCUGUUAGCUUACACCUGCAAAGCGAAAAACUAACGGCUCGCGUUUAACGUAAUUAUAGCGGUAGCAUGUAUUUCUACUGUUGCUGCUGGACAUAUGCAGUGUUUAGCAAUUUUUACGGUAUUAGCACACGAAAAAAUUAGUUGGCUAACGUCUUGUUAGCUAGCUAACGUUCACAGGAGUUGCCACUUGUUGCUAACCGGGAGGAUCAUCACCUACAACAAUGCCCAGCACGGUGAUUGAUUGGGAAGAGGACUGUUUGAAUUGUAGUGUUUUGCUGGUCAGAUAGCUUUCUGUCUCUACGGGUUGUCAGGGCAACGAUGAGAAAACUCUCAUGUAUGCUUGCUAUGAAGAAAUUAUUUAUUGUAAAGAAAGUUGAAAAACAACCCCGUUUGUUCGUUAAUCUGAUUAACGUUGCAGUUAACGGUUAGCGUUUUCCUGCAGACGAAGCUAGUGCUGGUCACUAAUCGUCAGAUUUGCUUCGUCAGUCGUCUUAAAGACCCGCCCUGUCCCAAAAUAUGGACACAUCCAGUGAGUCGGAUUCUUACGACAGGAUGCGGGGUCACAGGCCUCGGGGGCGUGAAGCCCACCGUCGACCUGGACGGGACAGGGGCAGAGCCAGUGGAAGUGUAGGUGAUGGCCGAGAAGCAGACAUAUCCGAGAAGAUCAGCACACUGGCAAGCACUUUACAGGACACCAGUAAGAACUUGACCAAAGUGGACCGGAUGCUGGGCCAGUACAGGGAGCAUACAGAUGAUCAGGCUGAAGCCAUGGCAUUGCUUAGAGAUAACCUGGAGGAGUCUAUCAGUCAGCUGCAGUCACAGAGGAUGGGCAGAUCCAAUGGCGUCCGAAGUGCCUCAGCCUCCACCCUUCAUACCAGUGACCUGGAAGCUUGCUCAGGAUCAGAUGGCCAGCGUUUCUACCCUACUUCUCCACUGAGGGACUACGCAGGCACUCCAGGAAGGAGAAGGAGGUCGCAGUCUGCCAGCGUUCGCUUCAAGGAUGCCAGCCUGACAGGAGAGGAUAUCCACAAUUUUCACCAAUCCUUGAGGGAUCUGCAUUGUGACCAGCAGAGACUGUCAGAUGACCUGGAUAGAGAAAUCCUCAGGAGGAAUAGGUCGGAUAUUGACACCAGGAAAGCGAUGGAGAACCUCACAGAGCACAUGACAACUUUCCAGAGACAGGACUCAGUGUCGUCUCGUGUGGAGCGACGUCUGCACGAGCUGGAGAGAGAGAUGCACACCGAGCAAAGGAGCACGGAGAGAGAGAGGAGGCCUGAUCAGCGGGCGGCCAUGUCUGACGAGCCGCAGGAGACUUUAGGGAGACACAAAGUCCAAACCCAUGAGAGAGAAGAGGCCAUGACUGCCAGACUACUGAAAGCAGAAAGAGAGAGGUCCAAGAUGGAGCAGGAGCUGGAGAGAACUCGAAGACUACUAGAACAGUCAGAGGACAACAGAGACUCCCUCUUUCAUCAGGUCGAGGACAUGCGUGGUGAGCUGCUGAGGACGAGGAAGGAGAAGACUGAGCUUCAGAGGACCCGGCUGGAGCCUGCUCCUCAGCCACAUGGCAACCACACCGACAGGGAGGAGAGAGGAAGUGGACUGAGAGGGCCAGAUCGUUCGGACCUGGAAAGAGAGGUGGCGGAGCUGCGAGUCCAGCUGCGCAAGGUGUCAGUCCACAGUGAGGUUGAAGAACUGAAGAGCACUUUGGACCGUAAGGAGAAGGAGAGGGUCCAACUCAGCUUACAGGUGGAGGAAUUGUCAUCAGAUCUGGCACGGCGGGAGCAACAGCAGCUACGAAUGCUGGAACAGUUGAGGGAGAUUCAGAGCCGAGGGCAGGCAGAGAGGAGAGAGACGGAGGCAUUACUCCAGGAGAGCACGAGGAGCAGAGAUGAAUUGAAGACCAGGGCACAAGAGGCUGUUCGCCAGUGGAGGGCAAAGUGCAGGAGACUGCAGAAGGAGCUGGAGGAGGCGAGUGCCCAGGCUCACUUCCAUACCGACAAGGCCUCGCAGGCAGCAAGGGAAAAGGAGAGCUCUCAGGCCCAGCUGAAGGCGCUGAGCCAGCAGACUGAGGCAGCCCGCAGGGAGCUCGCUGAAAUCUUAGGCCGUUUCGCCCAGCGCGAAGAAGAGCUCCACCGCAAGGACGUGGAGCUGUCCGAGACCCGCCAGCGCCAGUUGUCACUGGAGCAGGAAAUCCGGGAGGUGAGGGAGGCCUCAGCUGCCCUGGAGGAAGAAACUCGACAUCAGGUCGCCAUCCAGGCAAGACUGAGGGAAGAGAAUCAGAGGCUGGAGGAACAAGCUGACGCCCAAGCCCGUCGCUGUCAGAGAGACCAGAACGCACAGGCCGAGGUCCAGGCCGCCCUUAAGCAGAUGACCUCAGCCCAUGCCCAGCUAGUCCAGCGGUUGGCCGAGGAGGAGAGCUCCAAGAAGGAACUCCAGAAGGGCUCCUUGGAACUGCAAGCCAAGCUGACGGUGGUUCAGGAGGAGCGGGCCGCACUGGGGCGACAACUGCAGCUUGAGAGAGAGGUGCAUCAGAAGGAACUGGACAACAUGAAGGUGACGAUGGAGGACGGCAGGACAAAGAAGGACCGCGAGAUGCAGGGCAUGCUCAAGCUCUGCUGUCAGGAGCGGGAUGAAAUCCAGGCACACCUGAAGGAGAUUAAGGCAGAUGCAGCGUCAGACAAGGAGCUGUGUGGGGCGCUGCGCAUCAAGUUGGACAGGAUGAAGGAUGAGUGUGAUAAGCUGGCAGCACAGCUGAGCACAAAAGAGGAGGCACAUGCACACCUCCACAGAAGGUACCAGCUACUCAAAAAGGAACUGGAUGACAAAGUCAGAUCAGGUGAGCGGAGACGUGCUUCGGAAUCAGAGCUCGUUAAGCUGGAGGAGAAGGUUUUGCGGAUGGAGGCAGAACAAGAGGCAGUUCUUACCUCCAUGGGUGAAGAACUUGACACAGCCUGCCGCAGCCUGGCUAGGAAUGGUGAAGACAAAUUACAGGCGAUCGCCCAGAAACCCGGAUUAGUAAAAGACCCCCACCGCUGGCUAGCUGAGACAAAGACUAAGCUACGCUGGCUGUGUGAGGAGGUGCGGGAGCGCGACAUAAGAGAACAGAGCCUGAGGAAGCAGCAUCAGCAGACCAGGGAUCAGUUGAAGGGCCUCAGGCAGAACCGGGACUCAGAACAAGCGGCUCUCCUGCAGCGCCUGGACCAACAGGAGAAGCUGCUGCACUCCUUCAGCACUGAAAAGAAAGAGCUGCUGGAGAGAAGUCGCAGGAAGGAGGAAGAAAUGAGGAGCCUUCAGGACCGUGUUUUGGAUCUGGAGAUGAACACAAGAGUAGCCUUGGACCACUUGGAGUCAAUUCCAGAGAAACAAUGCCUGAUGGAAAACUUCAAAGAUUUGGAGGAGUCACAGCGGCAGAGGGAGAUGGUCGAGAAGCGCUACGCCAAAUACAAAGAAAUCGUCUGGGACCUGCAGCACCAGCUGGACGAGUCCAAAAGCAGAAUCCAAGAGUGCAGGGAUGAGAAGUUGGACGCCACUUCCAGGAGCCUGAGACUGGCUGCUCUUUCUUCUUCCAUCAAAGGCUCCAGCACAUUCCUUAGCAGCUCUCUGAGAUCUGACACUCUUUCCCCACACAAACGCCUGACCACUUCAGACUUUGGUGACUCAUCAGUCAACAGGGCCAAACCUGUCACAGAUUAGCUCAACCUCAAGUGAACCUUUAUCUGUAUCUCUACAAACCCAAACACUCGGUGCUUACAGCUGAUUCUACCUGCCUGGUGCUCAGCCAGAACGAAGAGCAACUUGACCAUUUUUGGAGGCCUUGCACUCAACACUAAUCCUCCUCCACUACCUCAACCAGGCAAUCACUGAAGGUGCUAAAGGAGCUAAAGGAUAAGACUGAGAUUUCCUAGCCAACUUUUAGAAAUGCUUUGACGGAGGGAAUAUAAGUUUUGACACUGUAAAAGGAGAGUAUACUGUAAAGUGUUUGAAAUGUUAUUUAUACAAGCCUGAAUUGAAUGUAUUUAAAGGGAUUUUUAAAAGAUUUUAACCAAAAUUGUUUUUCACUGAUUUUACAUUUUUUUGCAGUUGUUACAACAUUUACCUGCUCAACAAAUUUUUCAAAUAUUGUUUACCUUAUGAGUCAUCUGUAACCUUAUUAUCAUGCCAAUGUGUUUGUGCUAAAAAUGAAAAUGAGUUGGUAAAACUCUACAUAAACAGAACUCAAUGAGAGCUCUGGUGCCUUUUGAACAAUAUGCAUUUUUUUUACUAAUAUACUGUGUUGUCUUCAUCAUGAAAAUGUGACAUCUUUACCACGACUUUUAAUGUAUUGACCAAUUUUCUUUAUUACUUUCUCUUUUUUUUUAUGCAGUACAUACAUAUUUGUAAAAAGAUAUAUAAGCACACAUAGAUGUCUAUUUUUUAUUAAAUGUGAAGGAAGUAUAUGCACUACAAAUAAAUCCCCAUGCAGCUAAA